CGCGUUCCCGUUCCCUCUAGGAGCGCGCAUGUGGCGGGCACGCGCACUCCCGUGGAUCUCCCAGUCAGACAUGGCGGCGGACCCACAGCCGGACUGGCUCAGCUGUCUCCCUCCUUCCUGGAGUUACGGGGUGACCCGGGAUGGACGCAUCUUCUUCUUGAGCGAAGAAGCGCAGAGUUCAACCUGGCUUCAUCCCGCUACCGGAGAGGCGGUGACCACGGGCCACAGGAAGACCCCCGAUCUACCAACAGGAUGGGAGGAGGGAUACACAUUCGAAGGAGCUCGCUGCUUCAUCAAGUGAGUGGUUCUGGGUGGGGGUUCCUACAGGUUCAUCUAGACCUGAUUUCUGCCUGUAUCCCUCGGUUUUUCCUGUCCUUCUUAA